CUCCAAGUUAGAAAAACUAGGAAAAAGUUUGGUUAGAUAUGUGGAACCAAAGGCCGAGUUUUAGGUUUGAGAUAGAUAACUUCUCGGAGAAGAAAGCUCUCAUAUCGUCGAAGACAUUCGUGAGCGGCGGAUGCGAAUGGUAUUUCCAAAUUAAUCCCAAGGGACAUCGUAUUUCUGAUGGUCACUUGCCUUUGUACCUUUACGUUGCAAAUUCUACAACGUUGCGAACUGGAUGGAAAAGGAAUGCUAACUAUUACUUUGUUUUGUUGAAUCAAUCCGACAAAGAACUCCACAGAUCACCAAUUUCACUAUCAAGCAACUUGUUUUGCGCUAAGACCCCAGCAUGGGGUUUCGCGAAGACCAUACCUGUAAGCAAAUUUCAAGAGAAAGGGGUUUUGGAGAAGGACAGACUCAUCAUUGAAGUCCACAUUAAAGUUAUUGAAGCUUUUGAUGGAGAAGGUGGAGAUGUAUCCAACAACAAGAAGAAGACUAUUGACAUCAACGGUUUUCAAGUUUUUGCUUCUCAGGUUACUAAAGUGGGAAAGAUAUUCACAGAGCAUCAAGACAUUGCUUUAGAUUUCAAACCAACGAAACAAGAGGUGAAGACAGCAUACAUGAAUGUCCUCCUCAGGGUCAUUAAAACACUCAAUAAGCCUCCAAAGAGCCUUUCAGAGACUAGACUUAACAAGGCUAGCAGCGAGUUGAGUGAGCUGAUGGACGUAGGUUUCAAGCUGGACUGGCUGAAGUCAAAGCUUGAGGAGGUUUCUUUGGAGAGGAAGAAACCAGAUGUUGAUGGGUCUCAGGUCCAACAACUCGAGGAACGUGUCAAGCAUCUUCAGCUGAAGCUUGAUGAGGUUUCUUUGGGGAAGAAGUUAUCAGAUGAUGAUAAUGAGUCUCGUUCCCAAGAAGUAGAGGAACGUGUCAAGCAUAUUGAGCUGAAGCUUGAUGAGGUUUCCUUUGUUUCCUUGGGGAGGAAGUUAUCAGAUGAUGAUAAUGAGUCUCGUGCCCAACAAGUAGAGGAGCGUGUCAAGGAUCUUGAGCUGAAGCUUGAUGAGGUUUCCUUGGGGAGGAAGAAAGCAGAUGAUACUAAUGAGUUUCGUGCCAAACAAGUAGAGAAACGUGUCAAAAAUCUUGAGUUGAUGGAAUUGGAACUUAAUAUGUGUUGGAAGCCGAAGCUUGAUGAGUUAGAGGGUAAGAAAACUGAUGAUGCUAUUAUCUUUGAACAAAUCGAGGAUCGUGUCAUGGGUAUAGAGUUCAAGCUGGACAGCUUGAAUACAAAGCUUGAAGAGAUCUCCAAAGAGAAGAAGAAAGCUGAUGAUGCUGAUGGUUCUCUGGUCCAACAACUCGAGGAAAGCGUCAAGAACAUUGAGUUGAUGGUCUCUCACCUCAAAGUUGAACUUGACAAGAAAAAGAACAUAUCUUCUGAUGAUGGGUUCUUGUUGGUCGACUAGGUUUCUUGACGUAGAGAUCAUAUUAUUAGUUUAUUAGGUCUUCUUUAGAAGACACUACUAUGUUGGUCGACUCGGUUCCAACAACUUGAGGAAAGCGUCAAUAACAUUGAGCUGAUGGUGUUGUGUCUCAAAGUUGAACUAAACAAGAAGAAGGGCAA